CGUCAGGUUUUCUUUUUAUUUAGUUUAGUUUUUAAUUUGGUGGAUUAAUUUGAUUAUUCUUUUGGGAGAAUAAUAAAGAUGAUCAAGAUUAUGUUUGAGCACGCGAAGAAACAUCCUGGGUUAAUCCCUCAGUUUGUCUUCCUGUCUCUGGGCCUUACAGGGGCCACCUUCUAUCUGAUCCGCCUGGCAAAAGGACCUCAUGUCACCCUGUGGGACAAGAAGAAAAACCCAGAGCCCUGGAACAGCCUGGACCCAACCUACCAAUACAAGUUUGUGGCCAUCAACACGGACUACAAGAACCUGAAGAAAGAGGGGCCUGACUUCUAAAGGUCCUCCAGGCAACUCCAGGGGCACCAAGUUUGGCAGGACCUCCUGCUGUCGCCUCAGUGAUGUGAAACGUCUUCCUGAAUAUUUCCUCAGUCUCACCUCCACUACAGCAGCUCUGAAUUAACACUGUGACCAAAAACUAUUAAAGAUUACUUGA